CCGGAGUCCUGUCAUUCUGUACGGCAAGGGCGGUGGUUGCUUACCCUGCCGGAAGAUAGUAGCUGUAAGUCUUCCAGUUUGGGGCCGAGCCUAGACACUUGGAGUUCUUAGGCUGGCUGGGUUCUUUACUUCAUCGCUUGACUUCUGAAUUACACAGGUCACAAGCAUGUCGGACAAAAGUGAAUUAAAGGCAGAGUUGGAACGGAAGAAGCAGCGACUGGCCCAAAUCAGAGAGGAAAAGAAGAGGAAAGAAGAAGAAAGGAAGAAAAAGGAAACUGAUCAGAAGAAGGAAGCAGUAGCUCCUGUGCAAGAAGAAUCAGAUCUUGAAAAAAAAAGAAGAGAAGCCGAAGCACUGCUUCAAAGCAUGGGGCUGACUCCAGAAUCCCCCAUUGUCCCUCCUCCUAUGUCUCCAUCCUCCAAAUCUGUGAGCACGCCAAGUGAAGCUGGAAGCCAAGACUCUGGAGAUGGUGCAGUGGGAUCUAGGACGCUGCAUUGGGAUACAGAUCCAUCAGUUCUUCAGCUUCACUCAGAUUCCGAUUUGGGACGUGGACCUAUUAAACUUGGAAUGGCUAAAAUUACACAAGUUGACUUUCCUCCUCGAGAAAUCGUCACAUAUACAAAAGAAACUCAGACUCCAGUUAUGGCUCAGCCUAAAGAAGAGGAGGAGGAAGAAGAUGAUGUGGUGACUCCUAAGCCACCUAUUGAACCCGAAGAAGAGAAAACUUUAAAGAAAGAUGAGGGAAAUGAGAGUAAAGUCCCUCCUCAUGAGCUAACUGAAGAAGAAAAACAACAAAUCUUGCACUCUGAGGAGUUUUUAAGUUUCUUUGACCAUUCUACAAGAAUUGUAGAAAGAGCGCUUUCUGAGCAGAUUAAUAUCUUCUUUGACUACAGUGGAAGAGAUUUGGAAGACAAAGAGGGAGAGAUUCAAGCAGGUGCUAAACUGUCAUUAAAUCGGCAAUUUUUCGAUGAACGUUGGUCAAAGCAUCGUGUUGUUAGCUGUUUGGAUUGGUCAUCUCAGUAUCCAGAGUUACUUGUGGCUUCCUAUAAUAACAACGAAGAUGCCCCUCAUGAGCCUGAUGGUGUGGCCCUUGUAUGGAACAUGAAAUACAAAAAAACUACUCCAGAGUAUGUGUUUCACUGCCAGUCAGCUGUGAUGUCUGCUACAUUUGCAAAAUUUCAUCCAAAUCUAGUUGUAGGUGGUACAUAUUCAGGCCAAAUUGUGCUGUGGGAUAACCGUAGCAAUAAGAGAACUCCAGUACAAAGAACCCCACUGUCAGCGGCUGCACACACACAUCCUGUAUAUUGUGUAAAUGUCGUUGGGACACAAAAUGCUCACAAUCUGAUUAGUAUCUCUACUGAUGGAAAAAUUUGUUCAUGGAGUUUGGAUAUGCUUUCCCAUCCACAGGAUAGUAUGGAGUUGGUCCAUAAACAGUCAAAAGCAGUAGCUGUGACAUCUAUGUCCUUCCCUGUUGGAGACGUCAACAACUUUGUUGUUGGGAGUGAAGAAGGUUCUGUGUACACAGCAUGCCGUCAUGGCAGCAAAGCUGGAAUCAGUGAAAUGUUUGAGGGACAUCAAGGACCAAUCACUGGCAUCCAUUGUCAUGCAGCUGUUGGAGCGGUGGACUUCUCACAUCUUUUUGUCACUUCAUCAUUUGACUGGACAGUGAAACUUUGGACAACUAAGAACAACAAGCCUCUGUACUCAUUUGAAGAUAACUCAGACUAUGUCUAUGAUGUUAUGUGGUCUCCCACUCACCCAGCCCUGUUCGCCUGUGUGGAUGGCAUGGGGAGGCUGGACUUGUGGAAUCUCAACAAUGACACAGAGGUACCAACAGCCAGCAUUUCUGUGGAGGGUAAUCCUGCUCUUAACCGUGUAAGAUGGACCCAUUCUGGAAGAGAGAUUGCCGUGGGUGAUUCUGAAGGACAGAUUGUUAUAUAUGAUGUGGGAGAGCAGAUUGCUGUCCCCCGAAAUGAUGAGUGGGCACGAUUUGGACGAACACUUGCAGAAAUUAAUGCAAAUCGAGCUGAUGCCGAGGAGGAAGCAGCUACCCGGAUACCUGCUUAAGCUCUUGGAAGAGGAAUAUGUAAUCCUAGUGAAUCUGGGGAAGACUCUAUGUAGAGCAUAGGACUAUUUGCAUGCUUUUGUCUAAAUGAUAACUAUGAAGAAAUUUAAUGGAACAACCUGUGGAAUUAAUUUAGCAAAUGAAUCUUCCAGUGUCCCUUUUUAUAUAACGGGCAUCUUGCUUGGGAUUUGUGUCAUUUUUACUACAGCAAAUUGACUUUACACAUUGCAACCCUUUCUGAAUUCUUUAUAUAGAUGUUUAUUUGUUAUUACUCUUUUUGAAUUAUUUUCAAGGUAUGACACUAUAUACAGUUAUUUUUAAAGCACAGUAAUUAAAUAAGUUCUGUGAAUUUUAGAUAACCACCAUUCCCUAUCAUUCUGAUAACAUCUUACCAGCCAUAUAUUAGGGAUAUUGUUUAUUCUUAGCUUUAGCAUCUAUACAUCUGUCCCAAGUUCUCUUCUAAUAUUCUUUUCCUUCUUUAUAAUCCACAUAAUUAUAAAUAAAAAAUAUGUGUUAACUUAAAA